AGUUAUGACAUGUACCUUGUGCCUCCUGAAAAAACUCGUUCGGCGCACAUGGCGCUCUGGCUGGAAACAAGUCUAGAGAAAAGACGCAAUAAAUCUUGUGUACCGCGGCAGCGAAGCACCACUGUCCUUACUUAGCGUCUCAGCUCACGACGACAUCUCCCCUUACUGAUCGUUACUCCUACUAGGAGCCUUCAAGGAUAGCCUUAAUAACGACCUCUUCUCUUACUUCCACCUGAAGUACCACAAGUAAUAGUCCGUUGCGUCUCUCCCUCACUCGUCGCUCCAACGAAUCCCGUUCCGAGCCACUGAUUUUUGAACCACUACAGUACCGUGAAGCCACGAAAUCGUAGCCCGUAAAAUGGCGAAUCUUCCCCCAUUGGCGCGUCUCGCCCUCGCAGUGACCUCGUUCAUCGGCAUCUUCCUCGAACCAGCUCAAGCGGUGCCGCGCGUGCCAGCGGCCGCGGUGGCAGCGGCGGCGGCGGCGAGGGGCACGCGCACGUGGAUAUGGUACGAGGAGGGCGCGAAGAACAACUCGGGCAUGGUGCUACACAAUGGCAAGGGCAUGCCCCGCGCGGGUGACACAUUCUACUGGGCGGGGAGCAUAGUGGCCAAGGCGCAUGGCAAAAGCACGCAGGUUGGCACGGAUACAGGCGAGUGCAUGGUCCUUCCGCGCUUCUACAUGCAGUGCACUACACUCAUCAACAUCAAUAAAUACGGCAGCCUCGUUGGCACAGGCGGCUAUGCUUUAUCGGACAAAGCCUUCUUCUAUGCUAUAACAGGAGGCACAGGCAGGCUAAGGGGCGCCUCAGGGCAGAUUCUCGUGAAGGCGCUGGAUGGCACACUUGCCACUUCGUUCAAUGUGAAAUACAUUGUAACACUGGAUUAGUAACAAUAAUGUUCUUGUAAAUUA